AUGUCGGACGGAGAAGAUUCCCUUGAGGAGAAGUUGCGUAAAUUUCGAAUGUGGAAGGAAGCUGCAUCUGAAAACGGUCCUUCAUUCUGUACAAGUGCAUCUGCAUCGGGAAUCAACACAGCUGAUCACAAAAAAGAAAGCUCAAACAUGAGCCAAAGAUCACAACGGGCACCAUCGCAUUUACGGGGGCGCGAACUUGGAAUGUACUAUCGUAAUCAAGCGCGCCGUAAGCAGCAGGCCGCAUCACAAGAUGGUGAUGGGACAGGGCGAGAUGGCCACUGGCGCAAUCAACGCCAUAAAGGUUUACAGCACCGAAAACUGCAGGAACGUUCAAACUAUGAGUUGAAUGAGGCGGGCAGCUCCGGGCGAUUCCGUCGAUUUCAGGACCAACGGGAUAUCGCACUGGAAGAGCAGGCGGAAGCACCACCACCCGGGCUGCGUGGAAAAGCUCUCGGGUUGUUCUAUCGCGAUCGUCAGACGGCAAAAUCGAAGCAGCGUGAAAAGCGGGAAGCAGUUGAUAUUACACUGCCAGGUUGGCAGAUACAGCAGAUCCGACGCGACCUAAAGCUGAACGGGGAUGAAGAGGAGGACAAUAUUUUCCAGGAUUUUGUCAACAACGAAAACAUCCGCUCAGUGUUCAAGAACGAGUAUCUUCGUGUCAUAAGUAAAACACUGGCUGAGUUUUUAGAAGAAGAAAGCUGCAAACUGGCGUACCAAGUAGUAGCACAAGAAUCUUCCGGGAUAAAUGCCCUAGAUGAUGAGCUCUACGAAGAAUACACUCGUAGCGUAAAGUCGACGCAUCGGCUGAGUGAAUUCAGAAGACGCCUGCCAGCAUAUGAAUCGCGCCAAACCGUGCUGGACAUGCUCGAAGAGCAUCAGGUCAUCCUCGUGAAGGGUGAGACGGGCAGUGGAAAAACCACACAAAUCCCUCAGUACAUCCUCGAGAACGCUUCCGCCCAACGACGGGGUUCCCGUUGCCGUAUUCUCUGCACCCAACCGCGUCGAAUUUCGGCCAUCACGCUGGCACGACGUGUAGCGGAUGAACGCAGCGAACGGCUUGGCCGUUCCGUUGGCUAUCAGAUACGGUUGGAAGCGGAGCGACCGCGUGGCCACGGUGGCAGCAUAUUGUUCUGCACCACCGGCAUCGUGCUGACAAUCAUGCAAUCGGACCCACUGCUGCUAGAGUACACGCAUCUCGUGCUGGAUGAAAUUCACGAACGCGAUGUCAUCACGGAUCUGCUGCUUUCCAUCAUACGCAUGGUGCUUCCUUACCGACAGGAUUUGCGCGUUAUCCUCAUGAGCGCCACGCUGACGGCGGAGAAGUUCUCCGCGUACUUCGACAACUGCCCGAUGGUGGAAAUUCGUGGCAUAACCUUUCCCGUGCGGGAGUUUUACCUGGAGGACGUGAUGGCUGAGUUGAAGUUUUACCGAUUUGACGAUAAGAAUGCAUCCACGAGGAUGCGAAAUAGAGUCCAACAGCAGCAGGAUCCAUUCUAUGAAAUGAUUGAUUCGUACUGUGAGGAGAUCCGCAGUAGCUACUCAGCACCCGUGCUUCGUGGGUUGCGCAAUCCCGGUAGUGAAAACAAUCAGAACGAGCUAAUCGUAGAGCUUCUGUACUAUAUUACGUGCGCAAAACCCGACGGAGCCAUUUUGGUGUUCUUGCCAAGCUUGAUGCAGAUAUCCGACAUCUACAAGAUGAUUCGUAACCACGAUCACCUUUCGAAGGCACCAGUGGUGGUUUAUCCGCUGCACUCAAAGUUAUCCACCUCGGAGCAGACGCUGGCCUUCGAUCGGCCGCCUACAGGCACGCGGAAGAUCAUUCUGUCCACGAACAUCGCGGAAACGUCCAUCACCAUCGAUGACAUCGUGUACGUGGUAAAUGCCGGUCGGCAUAAGCUGAACAUGUACGAAAACGGUGUGUCAUCGUUGCGCGAUGAGUGGAUAUCAAUUUCGAACGAGAUCCAGCGCAAAGGACGAGCUGGGCGCGUGCAGGAAGGCAUCUGCUAUCACCUGUACAGCCGUGGCCGACGUCGCACAUUCCUGGAGAACGUGCCGCCGGAAAUCCUGCGUGUCGCGCUGGACGAGGUCAUCUUGCAUAUCAAAAUACUACGGCUCGGUCAAGCGCAAGCCUUCAUGGAGCACCUGCUGGAUAAACCAUCGGACCAGAUCAUCGAAGAAUCGUUGCAGCUGCUAAACCGGCUCAACGCGAUCGACGACUCUGAAAAGCUGACCCCGCUCGGAUAUCACCUGGCACGGUUACCGAUGGAUCCUCGCACGGGCAGGAUGGUGUUGCUGGCGAGUAUCUUUAGCUGCGUCGAUCCGAUCACCUCGAUCGCGGCUAGUCUUACGUUCAGGAACGCGUUUUACAAACCGCUUGGCAAAGAGAAAGAAGUCGAUUACGUGAGGCGCCGUUUCGCGAAAGAUACCGCCAGCGAUCACCUGAUGCUGGCGAAUGUGAUCGCGGAAUGGCGCGAUCAAUCGAACAAGGCUGGGUUUUGCCACAAGAAUUUUCUUAACAACGCAACAGUGCAGCAGUUGAGCAACAUGAAGCGACAGUUCUGCGAGUACCUGCACAGCGCAAAGUUCCUAGACGUGACGAGCGUGGAAGCGAAGGAAAACAAUCGCCACAGGGAUAAUAAGGAGCUGCUGGCGGCCAUCGUUGGUGCCGGGCUGUACCCGAAUGUGGCGUUUGUGCGAAAGGUCAUUCGAUCGCGCAACAGUCCCGACGGCAAGGCAAUAUUGGCGAUUGAAGGGCAGGGCCGAGCAGAGAUUCAUCCCUCCUCGGUCAACGCAAACAGAGGAGUCUAUCAUUCCAAUUUCGUCGUGUACUACGACAUGCAGAAAAUGUCAUCGCUAACCAUCUUCGAUACGACGGUUGUAAAUCCCUUUCCACUGCUGUUCUUCGGCGAUAACCACGUUGAAACCGAAGGUGACCACGAACUGAUCUCCAUAGCCGGUCAUUACUGCUUAAAGUGCGACAAAGAAACGUACCGUCUGAUUCAGGAUCUUCGCACCGGAUUUAAUCUAUUCCUGCAGAAAAAGAUUUGCGAACCCUCGCCUGUCGAUUGGGACUCCAGAGAGGGUGAACUAUUAAAAGCUAUCAUCAAGCUGAUUACCACAGACUGCAAGUAUGAAGACGACUUUGAUGAUAUUGAUGCGGACGAAAUGGAAUAGAGCUCCCCUAAAGGCUAAGUUCAUCGCCACUUCAAACGUCUACCGAGGGGGAAAAGUGAUAAAGGAACGAAUUUAGUUCCGCUAGCAACCUUGUCGGCUUGGAUUUAGUUCACAGUAGGAAUAUGUUCGUCCUUCUUCAAUGUCGCUUUCAACGUUCUUCAGUUUGGCAUCCUACAUUUCGACGCACCGUUAUGCGGAAAUCCGAAGGAUUAAGAUAGGGAUGAUUAAAUUGUUCUUCUUCGUCGUCUUUAGGAAUGAAUCUAGCGUCUGUCUUCGACGGCACACAGGUUUGGUGCUUUCAAUUUCAAUCGUCACUAUCGAGUCUCCAAAAAGAGCUACUUUCAAAUGGAAGGGAUUAGUCGUCGCGGUCGUGAUCAUUCGCUGCGGAUGCUUCAACGUUAUCCUAUGUUUUAAACUUAUCUGUUUAGUGUUUCCUUAACAGAAGAUGUGUUUUAACUGUAAAAUGUUGUUUAUUUAUGAAAAAUGCUGAAAAUAUUGGCAUAAUGAACCCCGGUAUGAAUGUCACGUAUUGUCGUAGGCUAAUAAACAAAUCUUUUUUAAAAUUUCAUGUGCUAUGUGUUGUUUUACACAUUCAGUUAAAUUCAAAAACCUUGCUAUUGGUAUAUGACGCUAGGUUUAAACGACGUUUUUUGUUUCAAAGAUAUGUUCGUAUCAGUAAAUUUUUAUUUAUUUAUUU